GCUGAACACCCUCAAUUUAGCACCAUGUUGGGAGGGAUCCCCCAGGUGGCUCAGCUCUACAGCCAGUCUCCGGAGAUGAACUACUUCGAUGCUUCAAAGGACGAGGCUGCGUUUGUCCGGUCCAGGCCACCCUUACCCAGUGACCUGGCCCAGAGCUACAGGCCUCCUAACCCUUGGCCUGUCAGUCCUACCUGCAACAAGGAUUUCAUUCUAGUCUGUGAGUUUUCGGAGCUUGAAGGACCAAAGCCACUGAUAACGAUACCAAAAGAUGGGGGCAGCAGCUUCGACAAGAACAUGUACGCUGUCAAGAUCAUGGCCGUGGAUUAUAACGCAACCAACUAUGCUAGAACAACGAACACCUUCAAGCUUUCAGAAGACACCUCAGUGAUGCUAGAGGAUAAGAAAGAUAACACUUAUUCCUAUAUCCACCAUUUCACCUUAUAUGACAUCCAUGCCAGAGGAUUUGUCAGACCGUUCUGCAUGGCUUAUAUCAGUGCUGAUAAAAACAAACUCCGCUCCAAUCUCCAGCACAUUAUAGCCUCCUUCCACCAAGUCAGUCAGUACUAUCGCUAUGGAAACUAUGUCAUCUUUAGGGAAGAGAUGAUCAGACGAUUGGCCGAUCUUAUCUUCACCAAAGAGAGCAUUAAGACACAGCUCGAGGAGAUGGAAGUUAAGCAGGAGUCUAGGGUGCAAUGUGCCAGGUUACACAUCCAUAAAAACAACCACAUCUCACGUUCCAACUCCACCGCCUCCACCACCACCACGACUACCACCACCACUAAUGGUAGGAGUGGUAGUGAAGGGGAGGAUGAAGACGAUGAAGAGAAGAACGGAGGGGAGAAGGAGAAGGAGGAGGUAGAAGAGUCGGGCCCCAAGGAGGAGUUGGUGGGGGAUGCGGAAGAGCAAGAGCAGGAGAUUGUGGCAGAGCUGAAGGAGUAUGCCAGGAAGCGGGAGGAGCUGGAGGCUGUGGAGAAGGCAAUCAGGGAGAUUGAGGUCAUCCUGGAGGCCGUUACCCCAGCUCUGAAAAAGAACAAGAAGAUGGAGAUGAGGUAUCGCCGUCUAAAGGAGAGAUACUCAGAUCCCCAGAGCAGCAAGUCCAAACCAGUCUCUGCACAGAACAUUCAUCACGAGGGUUACUGCAGUGAUGAAGACACAGUAAGGCAACCAUCCAAAUCAAGACUCAGAAAAAGAAGUUCCAGUCACUCCGAGAUGACAGAAGAUACCGAUUCCAACAACGACCCCAAUGCCCCUUACCAGCCCCAGAUAGUCCGAGCCAUCAACCCUCGUAGGUUCGAUCGCAGUCUUCGAACCCUACACGAACUAUGUAGCUAUGGGGCUAAGGAGGGGCUCAACAGGUUAAGAAAACUACUAAAGUUCUACUGCCGAGAUGGUAAUAUACUCCACCUGGAGAAGCAGGAGUCACCUCUUGUGGAGCCAUCGGUCUCCCUCCUCACGAUAGGGAGAACUGUCACUCUUAACUUCCUCAACGCCAUUAACUUGCAAUGUAUAGCAAACUGUCAAUGGGAACUCCAUGGUCUAGGCAAGAGAUCCCAGGGCAUGUCUGCAUCCGUUUCCAUGGAGAGUUUCUCAUCCUGCCAGGAAGAUCUGUCCGUCUUUGACUCGCUGCCGCCCAGCUAUGAAGCUCGCUUUGUCAUGGGGUCAACCUAUGCAUCUUUAGAAUCUCUGUACUAUGAGGUAGAUGAGAGCAUGGAGGAACUAUUCUUAUGUCCAGACCCUAUUACCCCAUUACUAGACAAGGAUGGCCUUUUCACAGAAGAGAAUUUUGGUAGCUGGGUUGAUAUCUCCCGUUCCUCGCUGACUGAUCCGCAAAGAUCGUCAUCAGCUUCCUCGACUUGCUCUUUCCAAUCAGCCUCCUCCGAUCCCAGGACACACCCCUUCCCCGCCCACAACAACCACUGCCAGCCACACCCACCAGGGGAAGAGGAGGAGGACGGGGGCGGGCUGGAGAAUGGCGAUGUUUUCUCAUCGAAGGUUUUAUGUGACGUGCAUCUCCAUCCUCCAUCACCAUCAUCCAUCGAUACCUCCAAUGCUUUACCACCGGAAGAGGAGAGGGAUGCGGUUGCCUUGGAGAUGCCAUCUGAUGGUGAGCCACACCCCUCCCAUCGACCACACCCCUCCCAUCGACCACACCCACUCAAGCUGUCAUCGGGGGAGGAGGAUGGUGUGUCCAUGGAAACCACAUCAAGCAAAGAAGAGGGGAAGCUGAGACAUAAAGCGAACAGUGUGGAGAGUCUAGACAAGUAUCACCUAGUGCCUUCAGGGCAGGAACCAGUACUACGUAGGAAUACUAAAGUACCAGUAGGAUGCUAUGCAUCUAGACUAGCUAGCACUAACUCGGAUCUACCAGGCUCAGGAAUCAAGGAAUUCAUCAGUCGUUAUGUCUUUGCCAUUCAUCUCAUCUAUGCACUUCUAUCAGGGAGGACUGUCGUCAUUGCUGCCUCACCUACCAAAGAAAGAGAGGUCAAUUCACUGGUCAGGACUCUUUGGCUGUUCGUCCCCGGGCACUCAAGUCGCUACCACCUUGUUGUGCCAUGGCAUACGAAGCCGCUAUGCAUGACGGACCUCGCCAGGAUGAAACUUGUGGGCCUCUCAAAACCAAAGUCUUUAGCAAGAGUCUUGCCAUCGUCAGUACGCAGAUACAUCACCUUGUUUGACUACGACCAACAAACUCUUUGGACGCCAGCGUACAAGGGCAAUGUUCUUGAUUCCAUUGUAAGUCGGAACAAGCACUUCCAGACGGACCAAUGUUACCUUGCACAUAUACAGAGCACUCUACUACAGUUAGCUUCAAAAGCAUUCCUAUACUACCAUUCCUACUGCCUGAACUCACCAAACUCACAUCUAAUUAACAGUACUUCAAGUGCAGACAGCACUUUACGCCAGAACAGCUCACCUGCGAGGGUUAAUUCUGCAUCAUUUCUUUCAAAGCUUGGUCUUGUGGAUGGAGAUUGCAAAAUUGUAGAGUACUGGGUGGAACUAAUAAAGCGGCAGCAGUUAGAUGAGAUCAUGCAUCAACAGGGCUAUACAGAAAUACCCUCGCCUAGUAUACGACUGGAUCAUCGGGUCUGUAGCCGGUACCAGAUGUAGUUCAAACGGUACCGCUCUUUGAUGGUAUGUAAUGUGCUAUACCCUCACCUCGUAUAUGACAAGAUCACCAAGUCUAUAGAAGGUACCAUUUGUAUUUCAAAGGUGAUCACUGAUGGCUUGUACCAUUAUAUACCCUCUGCUAGUGUAUGACUGGAUCAUCAGAUGUGUAGGAGGUACCCAAUAUAUAUAGUUUGAAGGGUACCAGUGUCUAAUGAUAUGUACCACAAUAUACCUUCAUCUACUAUACAAAUUCAUCAUUACAUUAUUAUGAGAUAAACGUUUAAGGCUGGGUCGUCACGAGUUCAGGGUCCCGUCUUGCAAACAGUUAUGAUUGAUCCAACCACAACUAUGGAAAGCCAGCAAUGUCAUCAUCUAAAAGCAUGUUAGUUCCACAUGCGGCACUUCCACUCUUCCGGAAAUCCAGGAAUUUCCGGGAAGUUUUGCUAUUUUCCAAGAUCAUUUUGGAAAGUGAGAAAUUCCGGGAAGUUAUCAUUUCCAAGAAUAAUAUUAAUUUCUGAAUAUUAUGUCAAAUGUCAAAAUUUUUGCUUGCUCGCAAUUCUUUUGCCGAUAUACGUCUUUGGUCAUAUUUCGUCCCUCAAAAUGUUUGGCUCAUUAUGGCACUGGGCCCUAUAUUUCAUCUUUUUCAUGUAUAGAAGAUGAGUAUAACAUCUUGUGAAAGACUUGAGAACAUUUGUAAAAUUCCAAGAACUUUCAGAGUAGAUUCCAGGAGGUUUUGUUUUGAAUAGUGAAAGCACUGUCUACAUGUUUUCUAGAUAUGUUGUAUAUUCAUACAUUAUUAGUUUUCAGGACAUUGUGCAAAUUUUUGUGGGAAAAAUUAUGAUAAUGCUGGCUUUCCAUAUAGUUGAGGUUCAUCGGAUCAAUCUUAGCUAAUUCUAAGACGGGGAUCAGAUAUAUUGUACCAUUAUGUACCAUCUGUUGGCACUGCUAUGUAUGGUCAUAUACACUUAAAUUGUGUUUUAAUACUUGGCCAUUUUAAAUUGACAUUUCAGUCUAACCUUGUAUUCAUUUUUGUGUGUUUGAAUCCCAAGUAUAGUCCUGUCUAUGGCCUCUGGGACUGAUUACAUCAUAACCAAAUAUGAGGUGUUUGAUAAUAUAAAUAUACAUGGCAUGAUAUUCCAAUAAUUGAAAUUUGUCAACUCUAAGCCCAGUAUUCAGAAGUCAGGUUUAACUUAGACCAUGGUCUAACUCUGUGCUAAAAUUAUGGAAAGCCCAAAACAUCAAAAUUUUCCUUACAUUGUGCGUUUUUUGUUUUACUGUGCUCUUUCCUAGCUUGUGAAGGGUGAAGAAAGCAGUCCUAUUUAUCCUUCCAAAACAUUAGAAUGAUUUGAGAGAAAAUCAGCUGAUAUUGCAAUUAUGGUGUUAGAGAUUUAUGUCAACUUUGGCUAUCCAUAGUUAAACCACAACUUUAAACCAGAGUUAAGAUUAAACCCGUCUUCAGAAUACGGGCCUUAGCCUCUAUUAAAUAUUGAAUUAGAUUGCCAUUCAGGUUGUUAUAUGGGGAUUUGGACUCAAAUUCAUCAAAGGAAAUGUUUUGUUACUCUCUGCACGACUUGUACUGACCACAAAUAUUGCAUAUACACGUGUAUGUGCUGAUUUUCCCAGGUAUAGCAGACCAAAAUCAUUUGAUGUAUAGGGAGAAGGGGGGGGGGUGUGGUGGCUUAAUUUCUUCCAAAGAUUAAUUGCAUACUUCUUGCCUUGUCUAGCAAUGAUUGUUCAAACUUUCAAUCUUACAUUGAUGUGUUUCACAAUUCUUCCUAGGGCCUGUAACACAAAGCUUUAUGAUUGAUUAUAGGGCAGAUUUUCAUGAUUGAUUGCAUUGAUCAUUGCAUGCAAUUGAUCGUAUAAAUCAAGUUUACAAUCAAUCUAAGUUUUGUGGAAUGGGGCCCGGGUAUUGCAUUUAAGUUGAUUAUAUCACAUGUGCUAUAAUCUAUGUGACUGUAUAUGUUAUAUUUUUUAUGUUUUGUACUUUGAGUGAGGGAUUUUUUCACAAAAAUAUAUAUUUUCUUAAACACCCUGUCACCGAUCAAAUUCUAAUGCCUUUGUUCACUUCAUAUCAUUUCUUGAUCUUGAUAUUUAAAUAUUUUGAUAUUAUACAACGUUAUAAACUCUUAUUUUCUUGCCCAAUGAAAGGAGAGCGUACAAAUGUAUAUUUAAAUCUUUACCAGCUGAAGGAAUAUUCACAGUGGUUAAAUUUCCCCAAAUUUUCAUUUUUAUCAUCCACAAAGUCAUUAUUUUCUUUUGAAUCAAAGAUUAAUCUCCUUGUAAUACUGGCUGAUCUGAGAAAUACUAUUCAUGGGGGUGUUUCACAAAGAUUUUUUUCAGUGUGACUUAAGGCCACCGCACACCUUUCGACUGUUCGCGAUCCGA